GCGAACAGUGGGUGACAGCUUAUUCAUUGGCAGACAACAGUCGCUGUGUCCACUUGUGCACUCGGUGGCGGAGAGCGUGUUUUGCCAUAAAAGUUUUAUAUGUCACCUAGACAGAUACUAUAGGUUUACUUCAACGUUGUAUAUCGUUUAUGCUUUCUUGAUUCAGAGUUUAACAUCGUUAGUGGCGUUUUCUAAUAAUUCAACCAUAUAUACAAUCUGCAAGUAAAGUACACAAUAGCAGCACAAAUGUCACUAUCGUUUGGCAACCCGUUGAGCACGUUGACCUGUGGUGACCCGGCGACACCAGAGAUUGUGAGGUCCGAGAUUCGCUCCAUGCCGUCGUCGUCACUGCCACUGAACAACAUAGGCAGUGGACCAUCACUGGCCAGUCUUUGCAGUGCAAGUGUACCAUCAUCACAGAGUGGGAAUGCUGAGAUCAUGAAGCGAAUCAACGCAAUGCUCGACAAUUCGCUGGACAUCACAGGAAUGAAUGCGGAGUCGAAAUACCGGGAACAGCUCGCACAGGAGAGCCUUGUGUCAUCACUGCUGCUGCAGCAGGCGCAGCUGAACAACCAGAACCUGUUUACGAGUCCGCAGGCAUGCAACAUUUAUGCCGGUCUCUUCUCACCAACAUCCAGCUGCAGUGACUAUAGCAGCCCCGUGAACUCGUCUUCGCUUGACUACCUCUACAACCGUGCUGUGAUGCCGACGACGCCGCCGUUCAGAGACGGGAGGUCCGUCUCCCCCGCAGACUCCGACAACAGCUACCUGAGCUCCCACUCUCAGAUGAGCGCAGCGUCCGGCGGCACCGGCAGCGCCUCCCUCGAUAACUCCAUCUCGGAGCUUCUGGGAAACCUCAGCAUCGGUGCGUCGGCCCUCGGACAUCCUCAGCAGCAGCAACAGCAGCAACAGCAGCAGCAGCAGCAGCAGCAGAUGCCUACCGUGGCGAGCCGGCCGAUACGCGGCAUGCGAGACACCCUGGACUACAGGCAGCAGCCGCAGGACUACCGACAGAACCCUCAGAAGGAGGUUAACCCGUUCGCCGUGCAGCAGACGAGUUACAACAAUGUGUCGGCGGAUCGCCGCUGGGCGAGCUUGACUCAGCUGUUCAGCGCAGCUAACCACGAUCCCUACAUCUCUGCGAAGCUCUAUCGUAAUGCCGCCUCGAUCUGUGAAGCCACAUGUACUUGGAGCGGUCAGCUGCCUCCUAAGUCUUACAAGAAUCCAACGUACUCUUGCAAAGUCUUCCUCGGUGGUGUUCCCUGGGACAUCACAGAGGUGGGACUCGCUAACGCCUACCGCGCGUUUGGACCGGUGAGGAUCGAAUGGCCCGGCAAGGACAACAAGCAUCCAAGAUACCCGCCUAAAGCCGGUUACGUGUACAUCCUGUUUGACAAUGAGAAGUGUGUGAAGGCACUGCUGCAGUCCUGCACCCACGACUUCAGCAACGGCGGCGACUGGUACUUCAAGAUCUCCAGCCGAAGGAUGCGCAGCAAGGAGGUGCAGGUGAUUCCGUGGGUGGUGUCCGACAGUAACUACGUGCGCUGUCCGUCGCAGCGUCUCGACCCGUCGCGCACGGUGUUUGUGGGUGCGCUGCAUGGCAUGCUGAACGCUGAGGGACUCGCUCACAUCAUGAACGACCUGUUCGGAGGCGUUGUUUAUGCCGGCAUCGACACCGACAAAUACAAAUAUCCGAUCGGUUCCGGAAGAGUCACAUUUAACAAUAUGAAGAGUUACUCGAAAGCUGUCUCAGCUGCAUUCAUAGAGAUCAAAACUCCCAAGUUCUCCAAGAAGGUGCAGGUAGACCCAUACCUGGAGGACUCUAUGUGUACGCAGUGUCAGACGCAGCCGGGACCGUACUUCUGCCGAGAGUCGAUGUGCUUCAAGUACUUCUGCCGCAGCUGCUGGUUCUGGCAGCAUUCCGCGGACGUGCUCAAGGACCACAAGCCACUCAUGCGCAACAGCAAGAACAGCACGACGACCGCCGGACUGUGACUCUGUCGUCGUCGUCGUCGUCGCGGCGGUUAGAGGCGGUCGGAAGGUGAUGGUGCUCACCAAGGUGACGUCAAGGUCAUGUCAAGAUGAUCUCAAGAUGAUCUCAAGGUGAUGUCAAGGUGAUCUCAAGGUGACGUCAAGGGGAUGUCAAGUGAUGUCAAGGUGAUCUCAAGGUGACGUCAAGCUGACGUCAAGGUGAUGUCAAGGUGUUCUCAAGGAUGCUGCCAAGCACCGGUCAUCGACAGUAAAGACUGCCGGCAACAGCAGCAGAUGCGCAGGAAUGUCAUGCGUAUCGCUUCCUCGCGGCGUCUGCUGCUCUUCGCAUGAGCAGGCGGUGAUAGACGUGCGUAGCACUCAUGCCCACAUGAGAUAUUUAGUGAGUGUCUAAUCAUAUGAUUUUGUGAGAUUUACGAGAGAGAUGGAUGGAUGGACAUUUGACAGUUUAAUUUAAGCGAUAAUCUGCUCUAUAAGGCACAUUGUAGUAUGCUUGUGUAUGAUCCAGUCGUUGUUGCGUGUGCUGUCGUUAAAAUGGUGUUCUCAUGGCAGGUUGGUUAGAUACCUGACGCGUAAAAUCAUGCACAUUGUAGAUGUGAACGUUGAAGUAUAAUAUGUUGAUUGCGCUUGGUUUAGCAGAAAGCCGUUACGUGACAAACGAGCGCGCGUGUGUGUGUAGUUCCUUUGAUUGAUUGUCGUUGAUUGUUGAGACGUUUCCACACAAAUCAUCUCUUAUAAGGUUUUAGCUCCGAAUGAAAUACUUGUGUAAUUCGAGCUGCGGUCCGCUCUCUUUCAAUCUCCUCGGAAACCGGCGAUGGCAUUGAAUAACUUACGAGAGAGAUUGCCAGACAGCAGGCCGGGCUUGGGUGUUUUUGUGGAACAAUAACACUUUUAGCACGAAUUGUUAAUAGAUUAUCACUUUUAUAGCUAACCAGACUAGGUUUUUACCAGGCUUUAUUAUUAACAUUCUUUAACAUCACCAAUGUUCACUGCUAAUUUGCUUACGACCAUUCUGCAUACAGGCUUAUAUGCUUUCAGGUUUCCCGUGGCUUUUCAGUGCUCUCACGUAUUUUAUAUAGAAAGCUUCCUCUUAAAACUGAGAAAAACUUUCACAUGGCCCUUUGAGUAGUUUAUAGUUCACUGGUCCUAGUGCGUAUCUUUGUAUUCAGUUUUAUAAUAGGUUCCUAGACAAAAGCUACUGAACGCAUGGUUUUAUAAACAUGCUCUUGUUUUACACUGGGAAGUUGGAUUGGACAAAUUACGUGCUUUUACAAUAACCCAUCGCACAAAGCAUUGCAGUGAACGUGUUUAGUAGGUUAGCCUAACCCUUUAUUAAUCUUGCAUUUUUAACUUUUCACACUUCUCGUGUUUUAACUGUCUAAUUCUCGCCUUUGCACCGUUUUAAGUGGAGGUUUAAACAUCAAUUAGGAAUCAUUGCAAU